AUGCCCCGCGCAAAGGGAGUCCCGACACCAAGGCGCAAAGCGGAAGUCCCGACACCAAAGCGCAAAGCGGAAUUCCAAGAACGGGAGUAUUCCAAACGGCCGCGUCGCACGCCAGUCUCCUACGCGGACCCAGAGAAUUCCGACGACAGCGCAUUCUACGAGACGGACGAGGACGGAGAAGGCGUCACGGCACGAAAGGCGCAACGACCCAAGCCAUCCCGGCCGCUGCCCAAGCACAAAAUCUUCCCCUUCCUCUCCCUCCCCCGCGAGCUCCGCGACCUCAUCUACGACUACGCACUCGGCUGCCCGACCAUCGUCACCACCACCAUCUCGCCUGUCAACCACGACCCCAACGCCGACCCCGAGCAGUCCACGACGACGACGACCACCGCCUUCAGCAACAUCAUCCGCCUGCAAGAAGUCACCGUCGGCUUCCGCAAAUCCACGAGGCGCAUGGGUCACUUCUCGCAGAGCCUCCUAAGAACCGGCGACGACGGCGCCACCACCACCACCUCCUCCACCACCAACACCGUCGCCAGCUGGCCGGCCCUCAACAACGCCAACAACAACGCCGCCAACAACGACAACGGCGAUCGCCCCACCCUCGUGCGGCGACGCACGUACGCGCCCGCGCCGCUGGCGCUGGGCCUGCUGGGCGUGAGCCGGCAGGUGCACUCGGAGGCGGCGCGGGUGCUGUACGGGGGGCGGACGCGGCUGCAGUUCGGCGACUCGAUGGCGCUGCAGGCGUUCGUGGCGCGGCUGUCGCGCGGGACGCGGGCGCUGGUGCGCGACGUGCGGCUGAUGCGGUGGCAGCACGCGCGCAGCGCGUGCCGCGCCUUCGACCGCACCGUGUUCGAGCUGCUGGCCGAGGGCGUGACGGGGCUGGCGGCGUUGCGGGUGCCCAAGCGGCGGUAUUCGUCGCUGGAUGGCAAGUGGGAGGCGAGGAGGGUUUGUCGGCACGGGUGGCGGUGGUUGGAGGCCAUGGCGGGGGAGAGGGAGGACGGGUUCGAGGGCGUGUUGAACGUCUUGUUGGCGGGGGUGGAUGAUUGGGGGGAUGGAUGGAGGGCCGGGGAGGAGAAGCGGGAAAUGUAUGUGAAGGAGUUCAAGGCUUUGAUGAAGGUGCAAGCUGAAUGA